AUGAAAGGUCCACUUUCAUCUUCUCCAGAACUCUCAAGAUCUCUCUCAUGGCGAUCCCCCUUAAAACUCCUCUAUAAAACCCCAGUGAACUCUUGCGCCAGCCUCCUCAUCUCGACAAUCACACACGCUCCCUCUUCUUUUGUAGACGAGGAAAAGCGAAUCACAACAUGGAUCUGCGAAAUCUCGGUUUCGACUCGCGCCUCUUCGGGAUCCUCGAAGACAUGCUCGACUUCCCCGAAGAGCCGGAGAAAUCAAGGAGCAACCCCUCGCGCGCCUACGUCUGCGAUGCGAAGGCCAUGGCCGCAACCCCCGCCGACGUGGUGGAGUACCCGAGCUCCUACAUCUUCGUCGUGGACAUGCCUGGGAUAAAGGCCAGCGAGAUCAAGGUCCAGGUGGAGAACGACAACGUUCUCGUCGUGAGUGGGGAGAGGAAGAGACAGAAAGAAGAAGGGGCCAAGUACCUGAGCAUGGAGUGGAGGACCGGGAAGUUCAUGAGGAAGUUCGCGCUGCCGGAUAACGCCAACGUGGAGACGGUGGCAGCGGCGUGCCAGGACGGGGUACUCAGGGUCACCGUCAAGAAGGUGCGGCCGCCGGAGCCGAGGACGAAGACCAUUGAAGUCGAGGCUGGUUGAUCACGGCCAGUUUUUAAUUAUGUCUAUGGAAGUUUUGGGGCACUCCAAUUCCUUCUGUUAGUUUGCAUAGACUUUGUAUGGAUUUCUGAUGUGUGUAAUGAGAUAUGUCCCUGGGUAAUGAAUCUAAUAAGUGUCUUCAAUAUUAAAAACACUAAGAGUUUGGUGGACUAUCUGCUGAUUUCAAUGCACAUUGAUAUAUGUGUAUGUAAAG